AUGGCUCUAGUAUUCCCAGAUAAGCUAGAAAUCCCGGAUCUUAUCUUUGAUUUCAGUAAAAGAAUUCAUGUGGCAGGAACUGUAAAGCAGAAAUAUUCGGCUGAAGCUAUUUACACCGAAUGGCUCAAAUUCAAGCUCGAUACAGUCAACAUUCAAACGUAUCAAGUCAUGUUGACCUAUCCGAAUGAGAAAAAACAAGGUUUUAUGAUUGACAAGGGGGGUGACGUUAUAUGGGAAUUUACUGGUAUAAACAAAGAUUCGUUUCCAGAUAAAAAUGACUCAGAGUUGAUUCCACCUUACAAUGCCGAUUCGGCUGAUGGAAAUAUCGAGUCGGGUUUAGUUUACGUCAAUUAUGGUAUCUACGAUGACUUUUUGUAUCUGAAGACCCGAUUAAACAUUUCAUUGGCAGGUAAAAUUGGUAUAGCCAGAUAUGGUUCCAUCUUUAGGGGCUCCAAAGUGAAAAAUGCAGAAGUAUUUGAACUUGCUGGUCUUAUCUUAUACUCCGAUCCUAUCAAUUACGCUCUGGAAGGUAUAGAUUCAAAUGUAGUAUACCCUAAUACCUGGUGGUUGCCAAAAUCAGCCUCUAUGUAUAGGGAUGUGCCGCCAAAAAAUUCUCUACCUUCCAUACCAGUUUAUCCCAUAUCAUACUCAGAUGCUUGGCACCUAUUUAGUGGCAUGGAUGGCAUCAUCGUUCCUCAGGAAUGGCCGGGUGGCUUAAAUUUUACUUAUAAAACUGGACCAGGAUUUAUUGAUUCUAAAUCUGAGUGGUAA